AUGAAGCGAAAUAACAUCUUCCCUGGGUCGAGUAAACUUAGUUUAAACAGCCGAGUUAGUACUCGCCUAAGCGGUAUAUCGGUUUAUCAAAGUAAGCAGUCAAAACAAUCAAGAAGAAGAUCAUCAUUGUCUGGAACAAAACAAUUUCUAAACAUAAAAGAAAUAUUUCAACCGAUUAUGAAUAUAUUUCCUACUAGUGAUCCAAAACAUUCGGUCAGUCAGUUUGAUUUCUGGACAAAGUUUACAAAGAGUCCAAAUGCCGUCGGUCAUAUACAUUUCUCGCUUAGAUAUGCAUGCACUUUAAGAACACUGAAUGUUGUAAUUAGUCACUUAACUGGUAUUAGUAAUUUUCAAAAGAAUCUCACUGCUUUUCCCAGUCAAGUUGAAUCAACGUUUGUUAUUGCUUUACGACUGCAACAAAAUAAAAAAAUUCCAGUUAAUAGGGACGAAUUUCAAGACGACAGUGAUAGUUUAAGCAGAAGUUAUUUCACACUACCAGUACGUACAUCGUCAAAUCCACAUUUUGAUCAGUCAUUUGUAUUCCCUGUUACCAUGAACGAAUUACGAAAUGUGGAAUUAGCAUUGACAGUUAUGCAUGCAAUAUCAACAGAUGAAUGCAAGAGAGGAUACAGUCACAUAGAAGAAUCAAUUAUUCUCAGUGAGACAUUAAACUCACUAACUUUUCAACAGCCUGAUCAAUCUAGUCAGAUAUCACUUCAUUCACGACAGAUCCCUGAGGAGAUGAAAUGCAUUGGUGUAGCAUUUUACAGAGUCGAUCAUGAAAAGCUAGUUCAUUAUCCAGAGGAAUUACUAAAUGUAUGGCAAGAAUUAUUCAAGCCAUUAAACAAUCAAGACUUUACUUAUCUCGACAUAUCAACAAGAGAAACGAAACCAAUUUCGCCAGAAGAGCCCUGGAAACCCAUUGAAAGUAAUGAUCAAGAACAGAUAUCUGUGCACAAGGCUGGACAAGUUGGAUUAGCAAAUAAGCCUAUGGUAGAACUAUCGUUGCGUUAUAUAAAACAGUCAUCUCAGCUGGAAAUACACUUGGAGAAAAUGAAACAUUUAAGACUCCUCACAAACGAAACUGAACUACUCUUUAGAGCAAUAUUCUGCCUGAGAAGUAUGGCUCAACAAUCUCUAAAAAGUCAACCAAUCGAAAUCGUCAAAUUCGAUGACGACAAGACAUCAUUGAAUACUGAUGCAAAAGACGGUUAUAUUGUUGAUCAAAUCACAAUACCUUCCCAAGAACACUUAUCAUUAAAUGUGGAUAUGGAUUAUAUAUUAUACUAUAAAGAUAUUAAAACAAUUUUUGAAAUAUUUUUCCGAACUAAUUCAUCUUGUCAAGCACGUUGUUUAACUAGAAUUGUACUCGGAUCGAAUGUUGUCAACACUAAUGAUUCAGCCGUGUUACAGUGGAAUGAUUUAAUUACAGAAGUGAAUAAAUUAAAAGCCUGUAAUUCACCUAAUUCAACAAGGAAGAUAACUUACUGGCAUGAGAUUGACAAAUUUUGA